AACGCAACCACCGUCGAUCUUGGCCAUGGCAUCGUCGGGUAUCCCUUCGUACCUGCGCUCGACGAGCAGCAGCAGCAGCAAGGUCAAGAAGGACCCCAAGGCCGAGAAGAAGAAGACGGUCGACUUCCCCGUCCGGCGCGCCGGCGCCAAGAAGGAGGAGUUCCGCGUGCGCCCGCCGCCGGCGCCACUCUCGAUCGCGAUACCAUCGACGCCGACCCAGGUCGCGAGCGCCUUGGCCUCGCAAAAGGUGACCAAGCGCGCGGUGCCAUCGCCCAAGAAACCGCUCAAGCGAGCGUCGUCGACGAUCGCCGACGAGCGCAAGAUGCGGUCGCCGCCAACUACGAUGGCCAACGUCCCGAGCUACAUGCGGCAGACCGUGAGUCGUGGGUACAAGGAAGGGACGCUGCUGCACCCGGCCGAGCCAAGCUCUGUCUCGCCGCCCAAAAAAGCCCCGACGCCACGCCAAGCGCCCAAGAUACCGACCGCAUUCAAGCUUGCGACGACGACGACGACGGUCGUCAAGCGCACACCGCGCGCUGCAGAGACCUCACGAGACCCAAUGCUUCGCGCGCCGCCGACCAAGGAGCCCGACGUGUUGAUCGAUCCCGUCGGCAACAAUAACCCCGAGUGCAAGACGCCGCCGCCACCCGUCGACGAGCAUGACGCAUUCCAUCGCACGUUGGUCGUUCCGCGUGCUGCGCCAGCCGCUUCGCCCGAUCAUCUGCACGACCCCAUGUCGGUCGACGAGGCGCUGGACCUCGCUGUCGCGAUGCGGACGAUCGCGUCGCUCCAAGACGCGGCCGCCGCGACCGCCGAGGACCUCGCGCGCCUCGAGGCCGAGCGCCACGACGCACUCAUGGACCGAGACGUGCUCCAGACCAAUAUGGACAAGAUCCUCGAGACCGAGCUCCUCGAGCACAAGAUGGCCUUGACCGAGAUCAAGAAGCAGGUGGUUGCCUCCACCGAGGCCAAGCACGAGUCCAUGGCGGCGACGGAGCAGCGCGUCGUCGACCUCACCGCGCAUGUCGCAACGCUCGAGCUGGAGAAACGAGGCCGCGAUAAGGAUCUGGAGCAUCUCAACCGUAUCUGCGGCGCCCUCCAGCUCCAAGUGAACGCGUUUGAAGCGGCGCAGGCCGAGUGGAGCCACAAAACCAGUCGCAUGGCCGAGAUGGAAGAGACGCUGGCGACGCUUCAGCUGCGCGCCGAGGUCUCGGAGGACGUCCAGCGGCAAAUGGCCGCCGCGGCAAGUGACCGCGCGGCGCUCGUCGCCGAGUACGAUGCGAAAUUAGCCCACGAGCACGAAAAGAUUGCCCGUCUCGAAGCACAGAUCAUCGAACACGCGGCGCUGGUGCAAGCGAUGCCAGCCAUGCCGGCCGACGACGCGACCGUGCGCCAGCUCCGGCAACAGCUCGAACACGCGGUGCACGCGCUCGAAGACCGCGACGUGGCGACGCACUCGUGUCUGACGCACGACAUGGAAAUCGCGCGGCUCCAUGGCGAGAUCGAAUCGUACGUCGAGCAGCUCCGGGAUAUCGAGGCCAUGCUGACGCGCGUGCGAGACGAAAAGGCGGAAUUGAGUCGCGACACGGCAACCACGGACGCGCGCGUUGCGUUGCUCCAGAGUCAGCUCGAUGAGAUCCAAGUCGAGAAGGACCACGGGGCGAGGCUGCAUGCGCAGCUCACGGCCACCAUUGCGCAGCGCGACGAGCGCAUCCGGGCGCUGGAGUCCGACGCAACGCGUUUGCAGCGCGACGCCGACGCCGAGUGGACGGCGCGUUUGGAGGCAACCACCAAGGACGCAGACCGGCGCAACGAAGCAGUUGAGGCCGCGUACGAAGUCCAGGUGCGCGAACUCACGGACGAGCUUGCGGUGGCGGUCUCGACGGCCGAGCACGCCGUGGCUGCGCGCAAGCAGGCCGAAAGCGACCUCAUUGCGCUACAGACCGAGCUUGUCGAGAAGGCGGCGUCGCUCCAAAGUCUCUCGAGCGACCAUGGCUCGCAGGAGGCCGACUGGCUCGCAGAGCUUGAAGAACGCGAUGCGGCCAAUGCAGCGCUUACCCGGCGCAUUGAGGAGCUCGAAGCGGCCAUCGCAGCGACAAACACUGCGCGAGACGAGCUGGCAAAGCAGGCUGCGACCCACGCAGCCGUCACCGAGUCGUACGUGGCCCAGAUCGCUGAGAUCGAGGCGCAGAAGCGUGCGUUACAAGUCGACUACGAAACAGAACAAGCCCGGACGCAGUCGCUGGACGCGUCUUGUGCAGCCGCAGAGGCCGAGGCGACGCGCCACCUGUCGCAGAUUGAUGUGCUCACAUCCGACAUACGCCAGAAUGCGCUGGCGCACGAAGCCGAGGUCGCAGACCUCAAGGCAUCGAUGGCAGCACUGCAAGCACAACUGCAAGGCCACGUCGAGGCGGCCCACGCAUUGCAAGCGACGCACAGCAACUACGAGGCCGACGCCGCGUCGCACGCUGCCGUGGUCGAGUCGUUCACGGUACAGAUCGAAGCACUCCAAACACAACUCGCAGCCCGGGAUGCAAAUGAGGCCGAGCUGCUAGCCGCGCACCAAGAGACAAAAGACGCGCUGGACGAAGCCCGAUACCAAGUGGACGAGCUGGAAGCGCGCGCGCAUGACGCCGAAACUGAGGUCGAGUCGGCGCACGUCGCACGCACGGAGGCACUCGAGGCCACCAUUCGCGAACUUGAAACGCGUUUGGAGGCAAAUGCACCCGAAAAGAUCGUCGAUGCCAUGCGCCGUCAGCAGGACGAAACCACGGCGGCGCACGAUUUGCAGCUCCAAGUGCUGCAAGAGUCCCAGCGAGAGCUCAAGGCCCUCGAGGCUGCCAAGACGCGGCAGUUAACGACGCUUGAAGCAUCGCACGAGCAGCUCGGGGCGGAAUUGCUAGCCGCCAAGAAGACCAUCGCCGCACUUGAGGCCCAGCUCUCGACGAAGACGCAGCCGAGUGCGGUCGUCGUGCCUGCGGUACCACGACCCAUCAUCGGGAAAGGUGUCGUGGUGGUGCAUUUUGGGUCCUUCGAGCUCCACGCGGGCUUGCUCCAUGCCGAUACAGCCUCGUAUGUGCCAACGUUGAAGCUCCCGACGCUGGUGGCCGUGCCGCAAGGAGGUGCCGCCGAGCUUCACCGUGUUCUGCAAGGGUCGUCGUACAUUGGGGCGGGCUCGGUUCGCAUUGGCUACGAGAAUGGGUACUUUCUUGGGCGAGACGCAGUGACGUUUUUGUACGAGCACCCGGAUCCGGCGCUGCGUUGCAUUCUCAAGCAAGAACGCGUCUUCCAGAACGGCCACGUCACGUCGACCGAGUACCUCGAAGGUCUUCUCCACCAAGUCUUUACCGGCCUCGGCAUUGAUGACGUCAUCUCGUCCUACAACGUCAUUGUGACGCACAAGCCGCAGCUCGCCAAGGCGUCGCGCGAGUCGCUUGCCGACGUGCUCUUUGAAAAGUGCGCGGUCAAAGGCGCUCUUUUGGCCACCGAUGCGCUUAUGAGCUUGCGAGCCCGCGGGAAGAGCACGGGCCUUGUCCUCGACGUUGGCGCCGACGCCACGUAUAUUGUGCCCAUCUACGAAGACAUGAUUCUGGACCAUGCGGUUGUCGUGACGUCCAUGGGAGGCGACGCGCUCGUGAACUUUAUGGUCUCGAUGCUGCUCUCCCAAGAGAGCGACGAGUACCACAAGAUUCCUUUGCGGCUCCAGCAAAAGAUCGCGCGCGCGAUGCUCGAAACCAAAGGCAUGGUCGCCAAGGACUUUGAGGCGAUGGCCGAGAAGCACGGCCGCUUUGAACGCGCGCAUGUCCAAGUGCUGCCGACCGAGUCGCAACCCGUGUGGCAAAAAGCCGUGCCCCACAAAAACACAGCGGCGCACCCGUUGCAUGCAGUGUAUGCGUACCGACUACCGUCGGGGUCGACGCUCGAGCUGCAGUGUGAUGUCGAGCGCUUCAUCGCACCCGAGCUCCUCUGGCAACCCAAGCUCAACCCUGACAAUGCGGGCGAGAUGGCACUCCACGACGCGCUUGCAAAAGCUUUUGCCGAGUGCGACAGCCAGCUACACCACGAACUCUUGGCCAACGUCGUGUGCACGGGCGGCGCCUGCCAACUCCCGGGCUUCAAGGCGCGCGUGCACCAAGAGAUCCAGAAAAUCUGUCCGUUCGAGUCGCUGAUUGCGGUCGAUGUGGUCGGGAAAGACGACUGCGCGACGUUUGCUGGCACGUGCAUGUAUGCGAGCUCGCUCAAAGACCGGUCCUGGAUCACAUGCGACGAGUUUGACGUCAACGGCGCGGCCGUGCUACACGCAAAGUGCUUUUAACACGACCCUGGAUUGUUGC